AUGGGAACCAAUCAAAUGGUUAGCGAAAAUGUACCAAAGAUUAUUGGGUUAUUGAUGUUACUAUCAAUUGCCUCAUUAGUAUCUGCUGCUGAUGAGUGCUCAGCUGUGACAACACUAGUCUCAACUUGCUCUACAUUUAUCACGUAUGGUUCGCCAGAUCCUUUUCCAGGAUCACCAUGUUGUGAUGCCAUGAUGAGCUUGGACCUUAUUUCCAACUCUAUCGACAGUCGAAGAUAUGUUUGUAGAUGCCUGAUGAAUGUCAUUACCACCUAUAAUCCCAAUGGCACAGCUAUUGCUACCUUGCCGGGCUUUUGUGGAGUCUCUUUCGGCUUCACCGUUGAUCCAAACACCGAUUGCAACUUGUAAUUAACUCUCUCUCUCUCUCUCUC